CCGGGCCCUGCGGGCGGGCCGGGAGCGCGGCGGGGCCGGGGACGCGGGGCCAUGGACGAGGCCGAGCCGAGCGAGCGCAGCCCUCUGCUGAGCAGCGGCGAGCGCGGGCGGGCGGCGAGCAGCGCCUUCCAGGGCCGGCGGCUGGCCUGCGCCGCCGUGCUGCUGGCCGAGCUGCUGGAGCGAGUGGCCUUCUACGGCAUCACCUCCAACCUGGUGCUGUUCCUCAACGGGCCGCCCUAUGGCUGGGAGGGCGCGCAGGCCAGCCAGGCGCUGCUGCUCUUCAUGGGCAUCACCUACCUGGUGUCGCCGUUCGGGGGCUGGCUGGCUGACGCGCUGCUGGGCAAGUUCGGCACCAUCCUGCUCAGCAUGGCGCUCUACCUGCUGGGCAUGCUGGCCUUCCCCGUCAUCGCCGCGCCGCACACCCGCCAGGGCCUCUGCGGGGACAUCCCGCUGUUCCCCGUGGAGAACUGCUCCUCGCCGGCCGCCAACGCCACCCUGGCGCCCUGCUCGCAGGUGGGAGCCACCCGCUACUGCGCCACCGCCACCUUCGUGGGACUGGUCCUCGUGGGGCUGGGCGUCGGCUCGGUCAAGGCCAACAUCACCCCGUUCGGGGCAGACCAGGUCAAAGACCGGGGUCCAGAAGCCACAAGAAGGUUUUUUAAUUGGUUUUAUUGGAGCAUUAAUUUGGGAGCUAUCCUCUCUCUGGGAGGCAUUGCCUACAUCCAGCAGAACGUGAGCUUUGUGAUCGGGUACAGCAUCCCAACAGUCUGCAUUGGCAUUUCCUUCAUGGUUUUCUUGUGUGGGCAGAGCUUCUUCAUCACCAAACCUCCCGAUGGCAGUGCCUUCACGGACAUGUUCAGAAUUCUCACAUACUCCUGUUGCUCCAAGAAGAGCCACGGGGAGCACGCAGCAAACAGUGAAGGCCAGGGAGUGCUGCACCCGCCUCGCAAGCAAAGCCUCUUUGAGAUGGCCAAGCUGUCUCGGGGGGGCCCCUUCAGAGAAGAUAAGGUGGAGGAUGUGAAAGCUCUUGUCAAGAUUAUCCCUGUCUUUCUGGCUUUAAUACCUUACUGGACAGUGUAUUUUCAAAUGCAGACAACGUAUGUGCUGCAGAGUCUCCAUCUGAAAAUCCCCGAGAUCUCCAACGACACCAACUCCAUCCACACGUUCCCAGCAGCCUGGCUGACCAUGUUUGAUGCAGUGCUUAUCCUGAUCCUAAUACCCCUAAAAGACAAACUGGUGGACCCCAUUUUGAAGAGGAAUGGCUUGCUGCCAUCCUCACUGAAGAGGAUUGCAGUUGGAAUGUUCUUUGUGAUGUGCUCUGCCUUUGCUGCAGGAAUUCUGGAAAGCAACAGACUGAAAAUUGUGAAGGUUAAAACAAUUAACCAGACAAUUGGGAAUGUUACCUACCAUGCUGCAGAUUUGCCAAUCUGGUGGCAGAUUCCUCAAUAUGUGCUGAUUGGAUUCAGUGAAAUCUUUGCAAGUAUAGCAGGCCUAGAAUUUGCAUAUUCAGCUGCUCCCAAGUCCAUGCAGAGUGCCAUUAUGGGGCUGUUCUUUUUCUUUUCGGGCAUUGGCUCCUUUGUUGGCUCUGGAUUAUUGGCACUGGUGUCUAUUAAAGAAAUUGGCUGGAUGAGUAAUCACACAGAUUUUGGCAAUAUUAACGGCUGCCAAUUGAACUAUUACUUCUUCCUGCUGGCUGCUAUCCAAGGAGCCACCCUGCUGCUCUUCCUCAUCGUCUCCGUCAAGUACGAGCACCACAAGGGCAAGGCGGGCGAGGCGGCUGCCAACGGGAGGCUGUGAGCCUGGCACAGCUGCCAGCAGCACCAGGGAAGGGCAGUGCCCAGCUCUCCUGCCUGCCCAGGGACCCUGCAGCCCUGCCCGUGCCAGUGGGUAAGUGCCUUAGGGCAGGGCUGUGUCUUGCACUAGCCUGGCAGAGGUGAAUGCCCUGCGGGCAUCCGAGCUGCUCCUGCUCCAGGGGAGGUGUUUCCUGAGCUCCUGAGGCUGGCACACCCCGGGCAGGGCAGGGACUCACAGGGGCUGUUCUCACCCCCACUGGACACUGUGGAUCACAGACACACUCUGCAGGCCAAGCCUGCCCCGAGGACACCAGGAGAGAAACCACUGACAGGAGCCUCAAGCAGCACGUGGGGUUCAGUGCUGGGAGUCAUUCUGGGGUGACAAAUCACAUUACAAAUCAGCACAGCUUCAGUUUUAUAACUGACCUGUUACUGACAGUGUAUCAAGGAUUUCAGUCCACACUGAAUCCUGAGUGCCAGGAGCUGUCAGACAGCUGCUGCAGGCUGCUGCACCAUUCACACUCCUUGGGCUUGAAGCUGUUUGACUGCAGCAAUGUUUUUAUUUCUGAGCCUGCAUUAGAUGUGUUAGGACAACAGCCACCUUUGCACAAGGCCCUGUUCAGUCUAACACUGUUCCUCCCCUAAGGACUAUUCCAAACAUUUGCAGGAAGCAAAGCAAGCUGGAAUUGUGAGCAGAUCAAUGCACAGUAACCAUUCAGCAGCCUUUAGCCAGGUCCUUCCUUCUUGUCUUACUUUUAGUUAACGUGCUCCAGGGUUUGGAUCUUUCAGCAACACAUUCCUCCAGCAGAGCAAAUGGCUUUAUGUUCAGCCUCUUGAAUUUUAAUGAUCCUAACAACUGUACUACUUCAGAGUGUGUGCAGACUGGUAUGGAAGGUGCAAGGAAUUAUGCAGAAAGAAAAUAAAGCCUUUUUAUUAAUGUGUUGAAUUUUUAUAGUUUCCUUUGUCUGCAGUUCUGUUGUUUAAAAUGUCCUUAUUUUGUACAUGGACAUCUUUUUAAUGAGUUUACAAAAUAAAAUGAACCUCCAUGCUGUGACUUUCGACCUUUUGUUUCUAGGUGAAUAAAAUUAAACUGUAACUA